CAGAGAGCUGCAUUAGUCCAACCUGAGAGGCAAGUCACACACACACUGUGCUUAGGGAGGGAAUUGAGGAGUGAGUAAGCCAGGCUGACACACACACAUAUAUAGCUCACGCCUGGCUAAGUCUUGCACAUACCAGGAAACUAGCGUGCAGUCCUGCAGAGGGAGCAACCCAACACCGUGGUACCAGCCGGACACCCUUUAUACCCCCCGUCAACCUCCUUAUCCGAGCCAAGAUGCCCAACUUCUCAGGACACUGGAAAAUGAAGCAGUCAGAGAACUUCGAGGAGAUGCUAAAGGCUUUGGGAGUGAAUUUGAUGCUGAGGAAGAUCGCUGUGGCUGCUGCAUCUAAACCAGCAGUGGAGAUAAAGCAGGAAGGAGAGACCUUCUACAUCAAAACCUCAACAACAGUUCGGACCACCGAGAUCAACUUCAAAAUUGGGGAGGAGUUUGACGAACAGACCGUGGAUGGGCGCCCUUGCAAGAGUCUGGCCAAAUGGGUGAGUGAGAACAAAAUGGCUUGUGAACAAAAGCUUCUCAAAGGGGAUGGACCUAAGACAGCCUGGACCAGAGAAAUGACCAAUGAUGGAGAGCUUAUCCUGACCAUGACUGCUGAUGAUGUUGUCUGCACACGGAUUUACAUCAGGGACUAAUUUACAGAACUCUAUGGGAUAAGAGGCACCAUCCUCAUCCUUCCCAACCUAACUUAGUCUUCAAACCUUUAAUAAUCAGCCCCUGUGAAGCAGAGAGUACCCAGUUUACAGCACACUAUGAAACCAGCAACACUCCACCAAGUCCACGUACAUCAUUGCUCGCACAGAUUCCUCUGUGUUCCGUGGCAGAACAUUUGCACAUUUGAUUCCGCAUGAAUUGAUCUCUUCCUCAUCAUACAUCAAAGACUUUUGAUGCAUCUAAUUGCCGUUUUUUGAUAUUUUUGGAAGGGGUUUAUAGCAAUUUAUUGCCCUUAGUAUGACAUAAUAAUACAGUUAUCCCAGAUGCAUCUCAUUUUUGAGAUGUCUGAGCGAGCACCAUGAUUAGAAAUGUUUUUAGUCUUUGGCCUGUCCAAUCAUGCCCGGUCAUGCAUAGUCUAUAGUCUAACUAGUCCUUUUCUUCUUCCUUUUCCGUUAGACUUCAGAAGCAGGAAGGGUUAAGUUGGAACUGGUUUCUGAGUUGGAGAACACAUUUCUACGACUCUGAUAACCGAAUGUUCCAUUUAGGUUUUGAUGGUUUCAUGCCAACAGAAGAACCCAACUUGGGAAGUGAAAGGGAUGUACAUUUGUUCAGGCACCUGUUUCAAAGAAAAUACUUUUAUUUUGCACUAAAUUUCAAUAAUAAAGACUGGACUUUAGAUACCGUAUAGCCACCCAAAGAAGACAUACGAUGCUUGGAGUCAUAUCUCCAAAAUCAUUCCUUGAAAUGUCCCUCAAAAAAUCUUUCUGCUUUCGUUUCUUAUCACGAUCAUCUCCUGAGUCUGCACAGUCAAGCCAACCACAUAUUAUACAGGAACAGAUAUAAUUGUAGAUAAACAUGAGUGUUGGAGAGUGAGAAAGUCUAGUAUAGAUCAGAAAUGCAGAAAGUUUGUGCUGGAGACAAGGG